UCAGGGAGAGUACAUUGCAAUGCAGCUCUCUGACAGUAUAUAAUAAUAUAUACUUCCAGACAAGAUUGUUAUCGAUUUUCUUUUGUUUUUGCAAGACGGGGUCUGCAAACAGCGUGCCAUGGUUACUUUUGCCUUCAUUGCUCUUCACAUUAAUUCUGCAAAUUCCUAAGUUGGGUGCUAGCUAACGCGUAACAGUAGUUGUUCCCUUGAUCUUUCGAUUGGUCUACGUUCAAGGAUUUUUGGCGCUCAGAACAGAUAUCAAAAUAGAUUUUUGAGCAAGCUUGUAAGAAUGGAUUUUAAAAACGUUACAAGCGAUUUCAGCUCUAUCGCCGCUAACUUGGUCAACAGGCCCGACAGAAUCCCCGGGCUUUCCUCGCUGUCGCUGCCCGAUAAUCUCUUCUCUCCUGGACCAACAACUGUACUGUCACCCGUCACUAAUCUGGCCCUAAACAUGAACAAUCUAGCUGGUCUUGGAAGCCAACAAUGUGAUACUCCCAAGAGGAAACAACAUGUGCCCCUUCUGAAGAUUCCCUCCUUCGCCUCCGACUGCUCGUCUGAUGCUGGUCUUGGUAUGGAUUCCCCCAGCCCCAUAGAACCCAUGGAUGUUGAGGAGAGGUUUGAGAAGGCCUUUCUGCAGUCUGGGAGAGUUGGCAAUGAUAAAAUGCCAAUCCGAAGAAUCAACUCUCUACCGCUGCUGCUUGGCUCCAGUCCGGCUCUGAAGAGCCGGGACCCAGAGAGCCGGGACCCAGAGAGCCAGCAGCGGCGCUACGGGGCCUUCGGACACUACGGCUCAGUCCAGGAUACAGCCUCCUCCUCUGGGCACGGCGGACAGGGCAACAAGGAGAACCGGGAGGAGGGCUUUGAGUUUAAGAAGCCCUCCAAGCCCGCGUCGCGCUGCCGUACGAGGUCCUUCCAUAGUGGAGGAGGCCAGAACAAGGACUUUGCCCGUCGGCCCAACUCUGCCCCAGCACUCAUGCUGUCCCCGCCCUCGUCGCAGCGCCUCAACUCAUUGGAUGACAGCAGCCCCAUGUUUCUGCGCCGCUCCUCCCUGACCUGCUCCCUUAAUGAGGAUGAUGAUGAUGGUUUCCUUGACGUUCUGGAUGACUGUGAAGAGACGGAGUGUGACAUGCCCUUGGGGAUGGCCAGCCUGCUCACUGCUCCACUAGUGAGGGACUCGAUGGUGGUUGGUUGUCGUCCGCGGGGUCUGUUCCGCUCCCCCUCCAUGCCCAGUCAGUUGGGCCGCGCCCCCCUGAAGCGUCCCGAGCGUCCCCGGGAUGAGAACACGCCUGUCAGGGUGAAGAGGCGACGCAGCCUGGCGGAAACGCACAUCACCACCGUAGACCAGGAUGACUGCUCUCCCAGAAAGAUGUCGUUCUGUAACCACACAGAGAUUGAGAAGCUGCUGGACACUAGUGAGUCUGACCAGGACAAGGAGCUGAUUGGAGAUUUCACCAAACCUUUUGUCCUAUCCACCGUGGAGGGCAAACAUCAGGACCUGAAAUACAUCACUCCUGAGAUGAUGGUGUCAGCUCUGAGCGGUCAGCUGGACCAUCUUGUGGAGAGGAUCAUGGUGAUUGACUGUCGCUACCCGUAUGAGUUUGACGGGGGUCACAUCAAAGGAGCCCUGAACCUCCACCAGGAGGAACAGAUUGAGGAGUACCUCCUGCGCAGCCCCAUUGCCCCCCUCUCCCCCGACCGCAGGGUCCUCCUCGUCUUCCACUGUGAGUUCUCCUCCGAGCGGGGUCCCAGGAUGUGUCGAUUCGUACGCGAGAGGGACAGGACGAUGAACCAGUACCCUAACCUGCACUACCCAGAACUCUACAUCCUCAAGGGGGGCUACAAAGAGUUCUUCCCUCACUUCCAGAUGCAGUGUGAGCCCCAGGGGUACCGAUCCAUGAACCACCAGGACUUUAAAGAGGACUUGAGAAAGUUCCGACUGAAGAGCAGGACCUGGGCCGGGGAGCGCAGCAAGAGAGAGCUGUACAGCAGGCUGAAGAAGCUAUGAUACCCCCCUACCCCCUACCAUACUGCCCCCCUACCAUACUGCCCCCUACCAUACUGCCCCCUA